GAAAGCAAAAGCCCCGUAAGGAACCCCAUUCCUUCCUUCCCCUUCCAGAUCGACGAAAUCGUUCCCUAGAAAAUUCCCUUCCCUAUUUUCUAGACGACCAAACAACCUCCCGCCCCUCUCUCCGUUGCACCAGAAACCCUAGAUGUCAAGCUCGAGCCAGCCCCAGUUCAGGUACACCCAGACCCCGUCCAAGGUCCUCCACCUUCGCAACCUCCCGUGGGAGUGCAGCGAAGAGGAACUCAUCGACCUCUGCAAACCCUUCGGAAAGAUCGUUAAUACCAAGUCCAAUGUCGGCGCCAAUCGUAACCAAGCUUUUGUUGAAUUUGCGGACCUAAAUCAGGCAAUUCAAAUGGUUUCUUAUUAUGCUUCGUCUUUGGAGCCUGCACAAGUUCGUGGCAAAACUGUGUACAUCCAAUACUCAAACAGACAUGAAAUUGUUAACAAUAGUAGUCCCGGAGACACCCCGGGAAAUGUUUUGCUAGUUACUAUUGAGGGUGUAGAAGCUGGAGAUGUCAGCAUUGAUGUUAUUCACUUGGUAUUUUCUGCUUUUGGCUUUGUGCACAAAAUUGCUACAUUUGAAAAGGCUGCUGGUUUCCAGGCCCUUAUCCAGUUCACUGAUGCUGAAACUGCAUCUUCAGCAAGGAAUGCAUUGGAUGGGAGAAGUAUUCCUAGGUAUUUGCUCCCGGAGCAUGUUGGUUCUUGUCAUUUGCGUAUCUCAUAUUCUGCACAUACCGAUUUGAAUAUCAGGUUUCAGUCUCAUCGUAGCAGGGACUAUACCAAUCCAUACCUUCCUGUGAAUCCCACAGCAAUGGAGGGACUUAUGCAGCCUGUAGUUGGUCCGGAUGGGAAGAAGCAAGAACCUCAGAGCAAUGUGCUGCUUGCUUCAAUUGAGAAUAUGCAGUAUGCUGUUACAGUAGAUGUUCUUCACAUGGUAUUCUCAGCAUUUGGAACGGUCCAGAAAAUUGCUAUAUUUGAGAAGAAUGGUGGAACACAAGCACUUAUUCAAUACCCAGAUAUUACAACUGCAGCAGUUGCAAAAGAUGCUUUAGAGGGACACAGCAUAUAUGAUGGUGGCUAUUGUAAGCUUCAUCUAUCAUACUCUCGUCAUACUGAUCUCAAUGUGAAGGCUUACAGCGAUAAAAGUAGAGAUUACACAAUCCCAGAUUCAAGUCUGCUUGCAGUGCAACAAACUCCUGGUGUUCCUGCUGCUCCAACAGUUUGGCAGAAUCCUCAGGCUGCUCCACUGUUCCCCAGGACUGAGUAUGCUGCUCCAGCUGCAGUGCAUUCUCAAGUCUCUACUGGGCAAGUUCCAGCUUGGGAUCCAAACUUACAGGCUAGAUCAACCUAUGCAUCUGUUCCAGGAACCUUCCCUGCUCAAACUUAUCCAGCAUCCUCAUCUUCUACAUAUGCUGUUGCAGCAAUGGCAGCUGGUUCCUCACCCCUUUCACAACCCAGUUUAGCUUCCAUGAGAAUGUCUCAGAUGACUGCCCAGCCUAAUGGGAGAUCCGGUGGCCCCCCAGUUCCAGGUCAACCUCCUUAUUAUAGUCAAUGACUUUUGUGCAGCUUGUCCUCUUGCAACUUAGAAUUAGCUACUGGCCUUUCCAUAAUUUAUUUCUAGUAAAGAUUGAUGGACUGUCUUGUAAGACUAACAAUGAAUAAACAAUAUGACUUUUUUCGCGGUAAGUGUGCGUGCUCACAUUUAUCUCCCUUGGCCAUGUAAAGUGUAGUUUAGAUUCAAAAUGACUUUCAAAUGAAUGUAGAAAGACGUA